CAGUCAUCAUCCACCGCGGCUGAGGUUGUCUGAAUGGGAGCUUCUUCUAUCUGCAUCUAGCCUGAGAAGAAGAAAAAAGAACUAUCGCCUCGCUAUAACAAGAAAAAAGUGUGUCAGCCGCGGUCCAGUUUGUGUAAAUUUAAUCGUUAACUCGCGGAUUUUAGUGUUAAACGUCGAAUAUUUAGAAAAGUGGAUGGUGUUUAAGCAGAUGAUUGACCGGAAGUAGUUUUUUCCGAGUUUGCACUCAUAGACAGCACGGUUUGAAGUUUUGGUUUUAGAUAGCAAGUUUUUUUUCACAAGCCGCCCCCGGAAAGUUGGAAGAGCUUUACCGAUUGAAUCAUUGGAUAGAUAGUGCGUGUGAAAAAAAGAGAGUGAUAGUGCCCUGGUUGUGGAAAAGUGCUGUGUUCGAUUGUUUUCUAUGCUUAGCCGAAAUUCCCGCUGGCCUGUUUAAUGUGUGUCGGUGUCCCCUGGAUUAAAAUAGUAAAAAAGCUAACAACUCAGGAUUACUGUGUAGCAGCAACGGCACUGCGGCAAAAUCCCAGAAUACGAGUAGCUGAAUGAGAAGCACUGAACCAAAAUGAUUCUGCUUGAGAUCAAUAACCGGAUUGUGGAGGAAACAUUAACUGUCAAAUACAAGAAUGCUAUUGCUGGUAACAAAGCGGAAUCCAUUGAUGUCACUGUGGCAGACUUCGACGGUGUAUUGUUUCACAUUUCCAACGUAAACGGCGACAAAACAAAAGUGCGAAUAAGCAUAUCGCUGAAGUUUUAUAAACAAUUACAAGAGCAUGGAGCGGAUGAACUACUGAAGCGAGAAUAUGGAGACCUGCUCAUCACGCCGGAGGAUGGCUACAAUGUUUCGGUACUGGUUGACCUAGAAAAUAUUGCCGAGAAUUGGGAAGAGACCGUGCGGAAGAUCGGUCUGCUAAAGCGAAACUGUUUUGCAUCGGUGUUCGAGAAAUACUUUGACUUCCAGACGCAGGGCGAAGUCGAGGGACAGAAGCGAGCGGUGAUAAACUACAGGAACGAUGAAACGAUGUACGUGGAAGCAAAAUCGGACCGAGUGACAGUUGUAUUCAGCACGAUAUUUCGGGACGAGGACGAUGUAGUGUUAGGAAAAGUGUUUAUGCAGGAACUGAGAGAAGGAAGGAGAGCAUCACACACGGCACCACAAGUACUGUUCUCCCAUCGAGAGCCGCCGCUGGAACUGGCAAACACUGGUGCUAGAGUAGGUGAAAACAUCGGAUAUGUUACGUUUGUGCUAUUCCCGAGGCAUACUUCGAAGGAAACGCGAGAUAACACUAUCAAUUUAAUCCAUAUGUUCCGUGAUUACUUGCACUAUCACAUCAAGUGUUCGAAAGCGUACAUCCACUCUAGAAUGCGAGCAAAGACGUCGGAAUUCCUAAAGGUGCUCAACCGUGCUCGUCCAGAGCCGAAAAAUACGGAAAAGAAAACAAUCACUGGCCGGACAUUCAUAAGAAAAGAAUGAUUUUGGAACUCGUCUUAGUUGUUAAAUGUGUAAGUAAAAAAAUAUUAUUAAAGAAAAACAAAAACCAAGCCAGACAUAUAGCGAUUGUAUCAAAAAGGAAGGAAUGAAUGAACAAGCAACAAGUGCUUUCCGCUGUGCAUAUAUUUUGAUGAGUACUGGGGUAAACUUGUAGAUGAAAACCAUACUUUUGCGUCAAAUAUUACGAAUAAUGAAAACUAAGCAUUUAAAGGAAGGAAAAAAAUGAUAAAAAAAAAGUUUGAAAACGUAACAUGUAUUUGCAUGCAUUCUGGAACACUAAUUAGGAACUUUAGCAGUAAAAUUCCUUGAUCGCCGCUGCCAACAACAAAAAAUUACAGUUAUUAUGAAACUAACUAUAAUAAAUCCAUUUUUAAUGAAAUUUAAAUAUUUUAUUUAAAUAAAGAAACAAAUUGCAAUUAACUUCGAAUGAAUGCAUAAUGGACAGACACUACUAAACUAUUUGAAGUAUAGAAAGCAAUCAAGCGGAAGAAAUUGAAACCUACAAAAAAUUAUGUCUAACAUUGUGAAUGAGACGCUGCAAGAUGGAGGACUGUUUUUGGGAUGCUGCCUAACCUGGCAUCAGCGUUUCAUGUUCCGUGUGACUGCAUUAUAAAGGAUAUAGAAAACGACAGGCGUAAGCGAUAGGUGUUUUCUGAUACCAGGUAGUGUCGUCGUAAUCUAGGAAAUAAUCCAUGAAAUGUGUCGCACAAUUCGGAGAUUAUAGACGAACCCAAAAACAACAUCAGGAACGUGAGAUAAAAAAAACUAAGUAAACAGCCCAAUCCCUAACUAGUGUAAAGCAGUAAUUAAUGAUUAGGAAACGAAUUACACAAAGAACUAACGUAUAGAAUGGUUGUUCAUCACUUUUGGAAACUAGUUUAUUCGAAAACCGUGUGAAGAGCGAGUGUAUCAUUUUCCUUUCCCCAAAUUAACCCGCGGAUUGCUAUACUUGUCCAUUAGCCAAUCUAAUUUUUUUCCAAAAUUGUUUGACCGGUGUUCCAAUAGAAAAAUUUCCAAAAAAUGAUGUUCAUACCAUUGAAACCCAAUGUUGUUUAUGAAGUAGUCAGUUACAAUGUUUAAAGCAAACUUGUAAGAAAAAGCGCAAUUCAUUUGGCUCUUAAUCGAACGAAUUGGCGCUAUUAAAAUGGUUAGAACUUGCGCACGAAUAUAUGCUGUUUCAACCUAACAAUCGAAACUUUAUGGUACGUCUGUAUCCUGUCUACACAACAGAGCGCUACACUGUGAAGUGAUAAAAAAAUUGACGCUGCGAUCACGUGCGGAAAUCAAUUGAAACUAAUAAACUGAA